GAGAGACACGACACAACACCGAUCGAUGGCUCUCUUGGGCUUCGCCUCCGUCUGCCUUCUCUCCUUUCACAAAUCCCUCGAAUGUUCCUCCGCUCGCCUUCCUUCGAUGUCGAGAAGGGAGCUUGUGAUCGAGAGGACGAGUAGAAGAAGCGGAAGGUGUCGGGCGGCGGUAGCCGCGGAGGACGUCGGGAGGGAGGAGGUGCUGGUUCCGGCGGAAGCUGAGGUGGAGGAAGACGUGGCAGAGUACGAUUGGAGAGAGGAAUGGUACCCGCUGUACUUGACGGAGCAAGUCCCCAACGACGCGCCGCUCGGCCUCUCCGUCUUCGACAAGCAGCUCGUCCUCUUCCGCGACGGCGACGGCGUCCUCCGUUGCUUCGAGGACAGAUGCCCUCACCGAUUGGCGAAGCUGUCGGAGGGGCAAUUGGUGGAUGGACGCCUGGAGUGCCUCUACCACGGCUGGCAGUUCGCCGGCGAAGGCCGGUGCGUGAAGAUCCCGCAGCUGCCGGAGUCGGCGAAGAUCCCUCGCGCGGCGUGCGUGAGGUCGUACGAGGUGCGCGAUUCGCAGGGGGUGGUGUGGGUUUGGAUGUCGGACAAGACCCCGCCGGUGAACUUGAAACUGCCAUGGUUCGAGCACUACGACCGGCCGGGAUUUCAGGCCAUUUCCUCCGUCCAUGAGCUGCCCUACGACCACUCCAUCCUUCUCGAGAACUUGAUGGACCCGGCGCACGUGCCGAUCUCCCACGACCGCACUGACUGGUCCGCCCGCCGUGAGGAGGCGCAGCCGCUGGAGUUCGAGGUCACCGAGCGCACCGCCCGCGGCUUCGCCGGCCGGUGGGGGCGGCCAAGGACGCGGCCCGGGCAGUGGAGCUUCCUCCGCUUUCAAGCCCCCUGCGUCCUCUCCAACGAUGUAGAACAAAUCGACAAGAAGGGAGAGAAGCAGUACCUGUCGGCGUUGUUCCUCUGCCGGCCGACGGGGCAGGGGAAGUCAAUGCUCAUUGCCCGGUUCGGCGCCAGCGCCCGGCCAGGCUUCUUCAAGCUCAUCCCCGACUGGUUCAUCCACCAGAACCAAUGCAGCGUCUUCGAGCAGGACAUGGGCUUCCUCUCGUCGCAGAACGAGGUGCUCGUGAAGGAGCGCCGCCCCACCAGAGACCUCUACCUAAACCUGAGAUCGUCGGACACGUGGGUGGCGGAGUACCGAAAGUGGAUGGACCGCGCCGGCCACGGCAUGCCGUACCACUUCGGGCACGCGACUAUCUCCCCGCCGAAGGAGCCGGCGGUGGUGGAGCAGGCGCCGGUCGGCGUGGUCGCGGGGAUGUCCGCCACGUUCCCGGCCAAGGGAGGCGUUGGCGAGCGGCACGCGCCGAACCCGGCGAACCGGUACUACCGCCACGUGGUGCACUGCAAGCAGUGCAGGAAUGACCUGAAGGCGUUCCGGGGGUGGAACAAGGCGCUGCUCGCGGCCGCCGCCGCGGCCGUUGGGGCGGCUAUCCUAGCAGCGGGGCUGCGGGCGAAGGCGCUUCUGCUUGCGGCGGCGGCGCUGUUUGUGGCCGGAUCUUUCGCUUGCUCCGCCGCGAUCGAUCUCAUCACCACCAACUUCAUUCGAUCACACAGAAAAUUGUGAGCGUUAAUUUUCACAGCCGCAGCGAUCGAUCGGUAGCCACAAGAUUUGACUUUAAAUUUCAAUAAAUAAUUAAAAUAGUAUCAUGUUUCUUAUUA